AUGCAGUCCCCAGAUAGAACUGCAUCAAUUUCCAGUACUGUGCCAUCUCCGUUCUUUAUGCCAAUAUCGGAAACCCCUUCUCAACAACGUGACGAGCAUAAUCAUCAGAAUCGCGUGAAACAGUCCAACAUGCCUGAAAAUCCAGUGACAGACCACCAGGAGGAGCAAGAGCAGCCCCAACAGCAUCAACAACCAGAGUCUCAAGAAGAAAACACCCCUUCAGAGGCUACCACUUCUUCUACAGUUGCUGUUUCGUCUAAUGUGACGUCUACGACCGGCAAACCUCUUUUAGAGCCUACUGCAACAACUUCCAAGGAGAACGUUGCCAAGGCCUCAGAAGUCAAAGCUAAAACAGACAGCAAGAAACCAAAAUCCAAAUCUCACAAGCAACGUACAGCUACGAAGAAAGCUCUCAGCAAGAAGAGCAAGAAGAAGAAGCAUGCCAAGGUCGAAUCUUCAUCUGAGGAGGAAGAAAUUUCCACUUCUGAAUCCGAGUCAUCUAGCUCGAGUGAAUCCAAGGAGUCAGAGUCGGUAGAUUCAGACUCGGAAUCCAGUGAAAUUGAGAGCGAGUCGGAUAGACAUAGACGGAAACGAAACAAGGCUAAGAAGGCCAAGAAGUUGAAGAAGAAGAGACGCCAUCGUCAUAACGAAGAGUCCUCCGAUUCCGAGUCCACUUCGAGUAGCGAUGAGGACGCCCUGGCCGACCAGAAAGCCAUGAAAGAGAAGUUAGCGAGGAUGGUGAAGAAACAACGCAAGGCGAGGAAGAUGGCUAAGAAAUACCUAUCCGACGAAGAGGAUCAAGAAGAUGGAGGAAAUCGUCGUCGACUGAAGCUUAAGGAAGGAAAAGGAGAAAAGGGCAAGAGAGGGAAGAGCAAGAGGGCUUCUAAGGUUGCAUUCAAGCGGGUUGAUGAAUUGUGGGAUAGUACGAUUCAUAACUUUAAGCUGCGAGAAACCUUGGAUGAUCCCGAUGCCGACGAGUUUGAUCAAUACAUUUUCAAUGUCCGGCGCAAGUUUGACUGGGAAAACAAGUAUGUGGAUACUUGGGUGGAUAUCAAGAGCAAGCCCCUGAGAGAAGCUUUGUCCACCGUUAUGGAUGGAGUCAAGGGAGUGAGCUUGGUAGCAGAGACCCCAGUGAUCGACCCGAAUAUGCUCUUCUUGUAUCUUGAGGAAACUAGAGAUCACAUGAAAGCGUUGAAGAAGGUUGUGAAAACGGAGAAAAAGAAGAAAGCCCGGAAACUGGCUGCUCUCAAAGUUGCUCAUCUCAAAGUCCUGAUCAAGUAUCUUGACACCGACUAUGCUGAGACCAAGAAGACUCUUUAUCCAUUGCUGGAGUCCAAUAUGAUCACGUUUGAUCUUCUUUGGGCAUUGUUCAAGCCUAACACAAUCGCCUACACUACGACAUAUGGUCACACGGACGAGCCUCGGGCCUUCAAAAUCGAAUAUGCUACCAAGGAGUCAUCGUUCAUGAAGGGAUCGUGGUAUAUGGUUGAGGGAAAGUAUCUCGAAUACGACGGCAAAACAUUUGGUAUGGGUACUAUGGUUGCGGACGUUGAAUUCUUUAAAGGAGCCCGCAAGAUCACUAGUCUAGCUUGCUAUCCUCUCAAAUAUCACCGCGAAGCCGAAGCCCUCAAGACAAAACUCAUCGAACGUGGCAAACACUUUGUUGCUCUGCGUGGCAUGAAUUAUCGUUUCCACAAGGGCAUGGCGUUUUUUAAGAAGAAGCGCUCUGUUAUCAAGGUCAAUAUUAAUGGACGAGUGAUGAUCGAUCCUGCCCUGCACCGUCGCAUCAACCCGAACUACCCCAUCAGCACAGUUAGACCGAAAGACCCAGAUGUUCUUGAGUCGGAGUCUGGAGAAGAGAGCGAAGAUUGUGGUUGUGGAGGAUCAUCGUCUGGAGCAGAACACGGUGGCGACCUGAGCCAUGAGUCGGAACCCCCACGCCCCGUCUACAAGAUCAUGCGAGACAAGAAGGGCAAGGCUCAUGUUGUUCAAGUUGAGUAUGACGAGAAUGGCAAUGAAAUCACUAAAAAGGAGGAUUUCGAAUUGCUUGACAAUGACAAGGACGAGAAAGACGGCGAACCAUCGCCAGAGUUUACAGAGGAGGAGCUUCUGAUUGCUAGCCCCGUUGUUUUGGGAUUCGCAUUCAGCGAGAAGUUAUGGCUUGAAUUCAGUGUCUCUGGAGUCAAUGAGAUUGAAUGGAACGACGGUGCAUUUGACUCGCUUGUGCUCCCCGACAACCAGAAAUCAAUCGUCAAAGCCCUCGUGGAAUCCCACACAUUCAACGCAGCCCAAAACAUCGACGAUGUCAUCCAAGGCAAAGGAAAAGGUCUCGUUGCAGUAUUGCACGGUCCCCCCGGAACAGGCAAGACUUUGACCGCAGAAGGUAUCGCCGAGCUCCUGAAACGACCUCUCUACAUGGUCAGCGCCGGCGAAUUGGGCACUGAUUCACGCAGCUUGGAGGGAGAACUCAACAAAAUUCUCGACAUUGCACACUCUUGGGGCGCUGUCUUGCUCCUUGAUGAAGCAGAUGUCUUCCUCGAAAAGCGUACCAUCCAGGACAUCCACCGCAACGCUUUGGUUAGCAUUUUCCUGCGUCUACUCGAGUACUUCCAAGGUAUUCUCUUCCUAACCACAAACCGUGUCGAGACAUUUGACGACGCAUUCCAAUCCCGUAUCCACAUCGCCUUGCGCUACGGCGAUUUGACCACCAAGGCGAAACGGAGUGUAUGGAAAAUGUUCCUGGAGAAAGUCAAAUCGAUCGAUGGCGUUGAGACGGAGACAUUCGCGGAUAAAGAUCUGGAUAUCCUUGCACGCCACAACCUCAAUGGACGACAGAUCAAAAACUCCGUCCGAACCGCCCAAGCCCUUGCCGUCAACGAGAAACUCCCCCUCUCAAUGUCCCAUAUCAAACGCGUCCUCGACGUCGCCGAAACAUUCGACCACGAUCUCAGAGGUGGAACGGGUUAUAUGGAUGCUAUGCGGAGUUAUACCUAA